GCUGCAAAUAAUAAUAAAAUCUUAAUUACUACUGUAAAUAAUGCUGCAGUUAAAAAUAAAAUUAAAAAAAAAAAAGCAAUUUUAGUUUUUAUAACUUUGACUAUUAAAAAUAUUUUAUUCUUAGACUUUCUUUUACAUGUAGCUGAAGCAUCAUCUGGUACUGAGAAUGAAGUAGCUUGUGAAAGCCUGUAUAAUUUUAAUUCAUCCACAACUGUGUGGUCAGACUUCUUGAAAACAAAUCUACAUCCGAAAAGUUUUUGCCUUCUUAAUGAAGUGUGCCCUUCUGAAGAAAAUAUCCCCCUUCAAUUGUAUAGCUCAGGAGAAGAAACUUAUUCUAAAUUUGGAAAGGAUAUGAUUGAAGAUGCUGUACGGAGGAUGACUGAAGAAUGUGAUUAUCUGCAGGGUUUUCAUGUUAUUUUUGAUGCUCAUAAUGGGUUCUCUGGUAUAAGCAGUAAUAUCCUCCAGUAUCUUGAUGAUGAAUACCAUGCCCAUCCUUCAAUAUGUUUUCCUGUGUUUCAAGAUAAGAAUGCAUUUCCUGUUCAGGAUGUGAAGCAACAGAUGCAUCGAUUAUUUGCUAUACUGUUAUCCAUGAGCAAUAUGAACAUUCAUUCAUCAUUUUUUUCUCCUUUGUCUUUCUCUGAUGAUGUUGUUAAACUCGCUGAACCAUACAGAACUUUUCCUUUUAUUCAGUAUGAUGUAAAAUUGCAAUAUCACACAAGUGCAAUAAUUGCUGCUGCCAUUGAAACUCUCACAUCUCCAUAUCGUCAUAAGUCUUUAAAGUUUAGCAUGUCAGAAAUUUCUUCUGGUAUGUCUAUAUAUGGGAGAAAGCUAGUCUGCUCUAGCUUAUGUCUUCCUUUCCCACUGUGUGAUGAUACCUUCAUAAGUACAAUGGUUGAAAAGGAUGGGCCAGAACACUAUGUGACAUCACUUAGUCCUUUCUACAAACCUGAUUCAGAAAAAACUUUAUAUCAGUCAUCUGUUCUUAGAGGUGUACCUUUGACUAGAUUUCAGAAACCUGGUAAAUCAUUAUAUCAUUCAGCUACACCUGAAGAAUUAUUCAAGCAAUACUUAGCCGAAUACUCAGCAAGUUCAGUUACUACUGCUACUGUAUUUUACGAAAAGUGUAGUGUUGUUCCACCAUUUCCCAAAAUAUUCAACAGUACUGUUGGUGUCAAUGGACUUUUACAUCCAGGGGUGCUUUCUAACAGUCAAGGGGUUGAGAAAGUGCCAGUAGCUGCAUCUUUCAGUAGCUCAGAUUCUUCUGCCCAGUUCAUUGAUGGGUUACUCUCACAAGCUAACAAGCUGCAUUUUAAAGAAUAUGUGAAAUGUGUUGAAACAGCAUAUGAGAAAGAUGAUUAUCAGGAAGUUCUGCAGAAUCUAAUUGGACUGAAAGAAAGUUAUCAAGAUUAUUGACCUCACCUUGACAUAAAUUGUGCUUAUAUACUUUGACAUAUGCAACAUUCCUGUUCAUUUUUAUGACAGAGAAAAUAUUUAUUAAACUAAUUUUAUUGAUUUUGGGAUGUAGUAACUUUUAGCUUUUUCUGGAUUUUCUUUUGUACUGCUUCUGCAAAGUACAACAUCAGGACUUUUGACAUAACAUAUUUUUAUGCUUUGAAUUAUGGACAAAUAAAAAGAAUUUAUAUUAAGAAAAUCACAGAAAUUCUAAAAUUAAAAUAUUUAAAUUGUAUUAUUGCAUACUUUAUUAUGGAAUAUGCUUAUUGUGUUGCAACAAUGACUGGUACUAUUUCAGAAUUUAUGACUGUAUGGUGAGCUCUGGUUUUCAUUUUAUAUUUUUCAGCAUUAAUUAUCAUAAAAAUUUUGUAAACAAAUCAAGAGAUAAUUAUACUUUCGUAUUAUACACUAAAGAGCCAAAAUAUUAUGACCACCUACUCAGUGACCUUUUACCUGCAAAUUGCCUGGCAUGAAUGUCACAAGUUCUUGGUAGAUAACUGGAGGCAGAUUGUAACAAAUGUCUAAGCAGCAGUCUCACAAAGUCGAGAUACUUUGACAUGGUGAUGUCUGAUAUCUGAGCUGCUUCUUCAUGACAUCCCAAAUGUGCUCUUUGGAGUUAAGAUUCACAAGUUAGGUGGCCAAAACAUUAAUUGGAAUUCAUUCUGAUGUUCCUUGAACUACUCCAACACAAUUCGAGCCUUGUGACAUGGGGUAUUGUCCUGGUGGAAGAUUCUAUUUCCAGUUGGGAAGACAGGCACCAUGUAAGGAAACAGCUGAUCCACAGUUAUGGUCAGAGAGUCUACUGCUUUCAUGGCCUGUUCUACCACAACUAAAGGUCACAGAGCCACCCAUGAGAAUAUCUCCCAAAGCAUAACUUCUGUCACAACCAGCCUGUGUAUGACCUGCUGUACAGGGGGGGGGAGCAAUUGUUCAUCUGGAAGAUAGUGUACCGGGACAUGACCAACGAAGGGAUGAAGGAGAAAUCAUGAUUCAUCCAACCAGGUAAGUCUCUUCUUGUUAUCUGUGGUCUAGUCUCGAUAUUUCCGUGCUCACUGUAGGUGUAGUUGAAAAUGACUUAGUCAUAAAAGGCACUUGAGUGAGAUGCCUGCUGCACAGUCCACAGUGUCCGCUGAAGUGUGUGUUCUGAAACUCUUGCACUUGGACCUGCAUUGUAUUGGGCUGUAAGCUUAGCCACUGUCUUGUGCCGAUUUUGCUGUACCAAGCUGGAUGCACUGUGACAUCCUUUUUCUUUGAUUCAAUGUGGAUGUACAACACUCUGGUGUCUACUGCCGGUUUCACUGCCAUUUAUCCACUUUCCAUAAAUGCUAAUAACAGAAGAUCAUGAAGAAUCUACCAGUUGUGCAGUUUCAGAGAUACUCAUUCUGAGUCUUUGGGCCAUUAUCAUCUGCUCUCUAUCAAAUUCGCUUAGAUCAGCAGCCUUUCCCAUCACUCCCAAAAGUAAGUGCAAGAUUGAUUCCUUUCCUUCUCCAGCAGCAGUUAAAUACCAUUCCCACUUAAUCACUUGCCAUUCAUAUCAUCCAGACAAAUUCAUUGAAAUAUGUGGUGAUGGUCAUAAUGUUUUGCCUCAUCAGUGUAUAAGGAUUACAGAAUCAUACAUUUAACUGAUUCCUUUUUUUUCCCUCAUAUGUUUGUAACAAAAUGUUAGAAUUCAAAAAUCAUCUUGUUGCUGCUGUGAAAUUGGUGACAAGAUACUCUGGGAAAAGCAAUUAAUGACAUGAAUUCGAAUAUUGUAUCCAUGCAGUAUAUAUAACUAUAAAAAUUUACUUGUAACUUCUAAAGCUGAAGGCAAAAAACUUAAACAAUUUUUCUUUUGUUUGAUGUA